AUGGGAGCUACCAUGCCGCAAUGUGGGCCCUGUCAUCCGACCACCCCGAUCGGAUGGACGGUAGAAGACAGACUGCGAGGACAUAAGUAUGCCACAGAGCAUGGUCGUCCGCCGGCGACCGCACGCCACUGCUUCGAACGCCUGCUGUCGACCUCGAGGCCGUCUGCCCCCGGUGCGACCGUCGAGAUGGCCAAUUCGGCCCUUACAGGCGCGGAAUUGGAAGAGAUAGUGGAUGACCUGUACCAGAUCACUGUCGGAAAAUACUUCUUCCUCGCCGCUGCUGUAGUUUUAUACUAUGACCACUUGGUCACUCUUCCAACUGAGGUCCAGGUCAUCUGGAAGCGCAAUAAGACUUACGUCACCUACCUCUUCUUCCUUGUACGCUACUAUGCACCCCUGGCCGUCGCCGUCGUUGCCUUCGCAUACUUCUCCCCUUCGUUAACCCGGAAGAUGUGUGGGAAAUGGAUGUAUUUCCUUCCUCUUGGGAUUUCUAUGCCCUUGUGCAUCUUUCCUGCAAUGCUUAUGAGCAUCCGUAUUUAUGCGUUGUACAACCGAAACAAGGUCAUUCUUGCGGGCCUAUUCGUAUAUCUGGCGAUGCAAACUGCUGCUGGCUUGUGGCAAUACACCGUACCCGGCGCUACACCCGCACCACUACCACUGGACAACUACGAGUUCCACUUCUGCAUAUACUUGCCGCCGAAAAGCAUCGGACGACUAUCCACCAUGUUUGUCACCAUGGAACUUGUAUUCGACAGCAUCAUAUUCCUCCUCACGGUGGCGCGGACGAUGUACGUGCAUACUCGCACUGCUCCUCCUGUACCAAAUGCACCACGCGUGUACCAGAAGACCAGCCUUGUCGUCAGUCUUGCGCGCGACGGUGCAUUCUACUUCGCCGCGAUCUUCAGUGUAAACUUGGCAUGGGUGAUCAUGAUCUUGUACGCGCCCACCGGUCUGCGCGCAAUCGCAUCAGUACCUGCUGGCUGCAUCAUUACCACAAUGAUGUGCCGAAUAACGCUCAACCUUCGUGCCACGGCUUAUGGCCCCGCCAACCUCGACGAGCGCACCGGUGUCCCCGGAACGGGCUCCAUUGCGCUGAGCACUAUGCGGCGUCAGCGCACGAACUACACCACUGGCGAAAUCGAGUUUGAACAGCAGAUCAAUGAGGACGACUAUUACUCCGAUGUUGGUCUUGCCAAGGUCGCAUUCGAUCUUCCCGACGCCGAGGUGAACCCAGGAACUACUUCAUCACGCAUCGUCGAGGACCUUCCGUUCUCGUCGGGUAAUGGAUAUGGCGACUUCCCUUACGCGGGUGAGACGUCUACGGGGCUACGAACAGUCACGAUUGGCGUAGCAAGAUGA